GCAUGGGAUCGGGGCCUCCCCUCCUCCCGACGCAGCUUCCUCUUUGGGCCCCUGGGGCUUCAGGCAGGAAGUGAGGCAAGUUUCCAGGAAAGAGGAGGAAGAGAGAAGCAGCUGCUGGCCUUGACAGUAUUAGCAGCCCAUGAUCCAAUGUGGGUGGUGGGCUCUUUGCCCUUUCUCCCAUUGCUGUGGUGGGUCUCCAGAGAGCUUUGGAGGCCGCUUUGAAGCAGAGGCCGGGUGGCAUCUGUCCCAGGGGUGCUUUGGGGUGUCUUCCUUCCUGGCAGAACCGGGGUCGGACUGGAUGGCCCUUGGGUCCCUUCCUACUCUAGGAUCCUGCCAUUCCGUAUAGAUCUGUCUGUCUGAACACUGAGUGUAAACUUUGGCUUUGGGUUGUGCAUUUUCUGAACACGCCUUGUAUGCUUGCCUUUCGCUAAAUAAAAGCCAUCUUGCACAAGAUGCACCUUGUGAAAUCCUUGGUGUGUUCACAUUUGUGUGGGCUCUGUGUGUGUGUUGGGGGGAAUAAAACCGCCUGGUUUGUUGUGGCAUUCGAUGGUCUGAGAGGGAGGAGGGCCACCGAUGUCCAGCCAUGAAGGCUGUAGGGCCCUCUGGCCUGGGGCAGGGUGCCACUUGCGGUGGGCACAUCUCGGGUGGGUGCUCCUUGGGGCCCAUGGCCGAGAGACUGCCCCAGAACUAAGGGCUCCCCAAACCAACCCCGGAAUGAGGCGUCUGCCUCGGGAGCCUGGCGGCCUUGCCUUGCCCUCCUCCUCCUCCACCUCGCCCAAGGCUGCCAUUGCUCCCGAGCCCCCGGUGCCCUCUUCGGGCCAAAGGAGGGCUGCCCACACGAAGGAAAGGAAGGGCGCCCCUGGCAGGCCUCUGGGCACAGGGGGCAUCUUGCCCAUCCGAGGGAGGCCCUCCGGCAGCUGGGCUGAGUCCUUGCGGGGGAAAGCCUUGGGCUGGAGGGAGCCAUGAGCCCCGGAGGGAGGAGGAGGAGGAGAGGCAGCAGGCAGCCCAGCCCCGGCCGGUUCCCGCAGAGAGAGCAGCCUCUUUGCCCGGAAAAGGGGGGCAGCCAGGAGGAGGGAGACUCGGUCCGGAGGCUUUCGCUUUCCCUUUCGCUUUGGCUUCCCUCCGGUGCCUCUCCCGCGAUCGUUCCGGUAGUUCCCCUCCAUUUGGAAGUGAGCCUCACCCCAAAGGAGGACCUCUCUCUGGACAACUGGACCUUCUGCCCAGGGACUGACGGACCGACUGACUGGGCUCCGGCCACCUGUCUUUUCCAAAAUGGCUUCUAAGGAUGUGCUCAUGGCCGGCCCUCUCUGCCUCAUUGAGAACCAACCGGACGGGGAGCUGGUGGUGCAAGAGGAGGCCGCGGGGCUCCUGGCUCAGAUCCGCCAACCGGUGGUGGUGGUGGCCAUCGUGGGGCUGUACCGGACGGGCAAAUCCUACCUCAUGAACCGGCUGGCCGGCAAGAGGAAAGGUUUCUGCCUGGGCGCAACAGUGCAGGGGAUGACCAAAGGCAUCUGGAUGUGGUGCCUCCCGCACCCCAAAAGGGCUGACUGCACGCUGGUGCUGCUGGACACAGAGGGCUUGGGGGAUGUUGGGAAGGGAGACACGCAGAACGAUGCCUGGAUCUUUGCUUUGUCCAUUCUCCUCAGCAGCACCCUUGUCUACAACAGCAUGGGCACCAUUGACCAGAACACCCUGGAGAAGCUCCAAUACGUCACUGAGCUGACCAAAAAAAUUAGGACAAAGUCUUCCAUGAAGCCCCUCCGGGAGGAAGAGAACGCUUCGGAAUUUGUCCGCUUUUUCCCAGCCUUCAUCUGGGCCGUGCGGGAUUUCACGCUGGAGCUGGAGAUAGACGGGCGCCUGGUCAGCGACGACGAAUACCUGGAGAACGCCCUGAAACUGCAGAAAGGUGACACAGAACAGAUUAAAAAAUGCAACAUGCCCCGGUUGUGCAUCCGCCAGUUCUUCCCUUCCCGGAAAUGUUUCACUUUUGACCGGCCGGCAAGCAAGAAGAAUUUGCGUCGGCUGGAGGAACUGGAAGAAGACGACUUGGAGGAAGAGUUCCUCAAACCCAUGGCCCGUUUCUGCCAACACAUCUGGAAGACCUCCAAACCGAAGACAGUCCCCGGGGGCCAGGCUGUGACUGGAGCAAUGCUGGCAAACCUGGCAAAGACCUAUGUGGGUGCCAUCAACAGCGGCCAGGUGCCCUGCCUGGAGAACGCGGUCCUGGCCCUGGCGGAGAUUGAGAAUGCUGCUGCCAUGCGCGAAGCCCUUUCCUGUUACGAGGAGCAGGUGGGGAACCGAGUGAAGCUGCCCACUUGCACCAUGGAGGAGCUUUUGGGGGUGCACGCCGAAUGCGAGAGGGAGGCCACUGGGCUGUUCCUGGCCCGUGCCUUUGGGGUCAGCAUCAAGGAGUUCCAGGAGGCGCUCGAGGAGGAGCUGAAGCGGAGGAAGGAGGAGCUCUGCAAGAGGAACGAACAGGUCUCCUUCGUCCGCUGCUCUGCUGCGCUGCUGGAUCUCUCCCAGGAGCUGGAAGAAGGGAUCCGCCUGGGCCUCUUCUCAGUGCCUGGGGGCUACAGGCAGUUUCUGGAGAAACGGCAUGAAAUUGAGGAAAAAUACCGCUUGCUGCCUGGCAAAGGCAUUCAG